CUCCCGCCGUGUCACCGUCGCCGCAUCACCAUCUCCGGCCACCGUUGGUGGAGAUGGGAAGAAUGUUCGAGAUAGAACUCGAGGGACCCUUCUACACAUGCAUAAAGUGCCACACACAUCUCGGAGUUCCCAGUGAUAUCAUCUCUAAGGAGAUUGGUCAGGAUGGUCGUUACGAAUAUGAGUUCACUAGACUCUUCAAUACAUUUCUUGCUGAAAGACCGUUCAAUUCUGCUGUGAAAGAUAUCUUUUGUGUCGGUUGUUCCAAUAUCAUCGGCAUUUAUGGCGUAACUGGGGGUUCUUACUGGGUUUUGAGGAACGAAUUCCAUGGACCGGAAGGAAGCGAUGAUGAGGUUUAGGAGUUGGUAUGUGUUAAGAAAACAAAAGACUAUUU